GCGAUGAUGGCCUCAAUGAGCGCAGAGGAGUUGGCCGACCAGCCCUUCUCCUCACGUGUCUGGGCAAGCAUGGGCAGAGUCAGCAGCGCGUAUUUAAAUAAAUCUAUUAUCUACCUCAAGACCCGUUGGCUUGUAUUUUUUGCCUGCAUGGCCUUCUACGUGGUCCGCGUCUAUCUGCUCUCCGGCUUCUUUGUGGUAACAUACGGCCUGGGGAUAUACCUACUGAACCUUCUGAUUGGUUUUAUCUCUCCCCAGAUAGAUCCUGAAACAGACGAGUAUGUGCUGCCUGUCCGCGGCGGGGGCGCUCAGUCAGACUCCGGAGAAUUUCGUCCCUUCCUUCGCCAAUUGCCUGAGUUCAAAGCGUGGGUUUCGGGGAUGCGAGCGUUGCUGAUAGCCAUUUGCAUGACGUUCUUCCAGGUGUUCGACUUACCUGUAUUCUGGCCAAUCCUGCUGAUAUACUUCAUUCUUCUCUUCAUCCUGACGAUGAAGCAGCAAGUCAAGAGAAUGAUCAAGUACAAGUAUCUCCCCUUUUCCUGGGGUAAGCAAACCUACGGGGACAUAACUCGAGGCAGCGGCAGCCACAAUGGAUCCAGCGCCAAUUCUCCGAAGGCCGCAGGAACCAGCACGGCUCCUGUCCCCUCUUACGUUUCUCAUGAACACUUCGCUGCAACUUACGUUCUCCGUUGA